GCAUUAAAUAGAGACGGCUCGCCAGAUUAGGUUCCGCUCUACGAUUUUUUUUCUGUAGGUGGAUACAAUUUCAUCCACGUGACGUUGCAUUACGCCUGGACAUGUGACUUUUGACCAAAUCAUAAUAUCUGUUCAGGAUGAAUUCGCUUUUCAGUCGACUAAACAGGAUUUGAAGUCAGAUACAAGAUCGUGGGCAUGUGAUGUGUUUCUCAUACUAACUUGUGAAAACGAGACAUUUCUAGAUGGAUUUUGUUUUUAUCACGAAGGUGAUAGGCCUACUUCUUUCAUCGGUCCCUUACAGUGAAAGCACUGCAGGUAAGCCGAAAAUGAAAGUUGAGUGCGAACGUGGCACUGUCUACCGGGGUGGUGUUCAGCAUCUUCAAACCUACACCCUUCGACGAAAAGUGUUGCCGAUAUUACCCGAAAGUAUGGCGAUGGCUGUCAAUCGAUCAAACAUAUCAUUUCCUGUGGUCACCGCCUGUGUUCCAGCAAAAUGCUCGUUCCACAUGCCAACGAACAAGUACUGGAGAUACGUCUGGCUUCAACCCGUAUUGUUGCCCAAAGGCUUAACGCGGUUUUCAUUCGAUGUUAUUACUACCGAUCUUGUCCAGGUUUUAUUGCGUAGCAAACAAAAGUAUCCUUUAAACGGAGUCAUAUUUGCCAUCUACUACCGCUCAGCCAUUCCUGAAGUACAAAUACUCGACAACAGUGGGAAACAAAGAUUUCAUGUCCAAGGACAAGCUCCUUGCAGGGACCGACCGUGCCAUUCCUUCUGGAUUGACUUCGACGGCGGAUUCUACCAGAUUGGUUUGGAUGAUUCCCCCGCACCUUUCCUUCGCACAGGUCAUCUACCGCAUAUCACCAUCGACGAAAUAACCGUGUUUGCUAAGGAGGCGGCUGAUUGGGUGUUUAACCUGCCUUGUAGAAAUUGAAUAUCACUGGGCCCUUCUUACGAAUAAAUAUUACUGAUCCAAUCUUGUUUGACCAUGGAAGUCAAGCGGAAUUAUUUAGAACUUAUAAUAAAUAUGAUAUUAAGAUUGAAAACCCCAUGGGGGCGGGAGGAGAAGGAAUUAGUUUGCCUUCUAUUGUCUCCGUACCACCACACGAUCGCGAUGAAAUUUCGCUAUUUGGACGCUGUCUCUGAUUAAAGAUCAAGUCCACAUCAUCAGAAUUCGAUUUGAAUUAAAAAAAAUGGACGUAAUAUAAAAAAGCUAUAUAUGACAUUUUAAAAAGUAGUUAAUUUUUCGCACACAAAAAAGUUGUAUAUACACCAUGGACACAGUGAUAUGAAAGUGAGAUAGUCAAUAAUGUGAUUCACUGUUUCUUUAGUAUUUCAUCGUACAAAUUAUACAAAAAAUAUAUAAAUCUUUGACAACCUUUCACGAAUGACAAUAGGUUACAACAACAGCAAGUGACACUACUUGGUGCGACGAACAUCUUUUUUGUCUUUUUCAUUUUUUCUUGUCAACAUGUCUACAAUUUCUAUUUUUAAUUGUGUAUCCGAAACAAAAUGCAAACCUGUUUUCUUUUAUAAUUCAUAUUCUCUUUCGAGCAAUUUGUUAAAAAUGUUACUUUAUUGAAUUUCUUAAAAUUAUCACCGCCGAUGUAAUUUUUUAUUUUUAUUUUUGUAAUAUAGCAAUGAUUGUUUACUACAGAAUAUGAUACAGGCAAAUUUGCGAAGAUAUAAGAUCUAUAACUCAAGGCUGCCCGAUUCAGGAGUGAUUAAAGGCUUAAAAAACACCAUAAAUACAACAAAAUCACGCUAGUAAUAACACCACUUUUUUGCUGGAUUAUGGUAUUCAAUAAUUAUCCCAAGCAGUUUAGGUAUAGUAUCGGUAAAAACGGUGAUUAAAUAAUAAUAAUAAUAAUAGCUGGAUUUAUAAAGCGUUUGCCUGAGGAUACAAAGCGCUGCUAUUAUUACCCCGGCUGUAGCUCGAGCUACCAUCACCGGCGCUCAGUGCACGCAAGGAAUUACUCCUGCCGGGUACCCAUUCACCUCACCUGGGUCGAGUGCAGCACAGUGUGGAUAAAUUUCUUGCUGAAGGAAAACACGCCAUGGCUAGGAUUCGAACCCACGACCCUCUGUUUCAAAGGCAAGAGUCCACGACGCAUUUUUUAAUGAAUAAAUGUUCAACAGGAGUCUAUUCUUGGUAUUCUGUGUCAAUCUCUUUAUACCACACUGUUAAAUUGAUGAUGAAUGAAUGAAUGAAUGAAUGAAUUGAAUUUAUUAGAACUUCACUGGCAAUUGCCAGUAUUUUGUUCAUAACAAGAAGUACAAAAUGAUACAAGACAAAUAUACAAUGCAAGGAAUAUAAGCAAAUAAACAAAAACAAAAUAGUAUUUCGUC